AUGUAUGAAGGAAUUAUGGAAGAACUCAAAGAAGUAAGUGAAACAUUUCGAUUAAGAGAUAUAACUAGAAAUGAAGAAUGUGAUGAAGAGAUAAAUUUCAAAUAUACCAAUAAAAGAAGUGAAUUUUGUUGUAACAUCACAGAAGGAGUUUUAUUAAGAAAGGUGUUAAGUGAUUUAAUCAAACAAAGCCAAUCGAAAUUAACAAUGUACAAAACACUUCAAAUGAUUUCAAAUGAACAACUAAACCAAACAAUACAACAACAUAACAAAGAAUUAAAAAAAGGAAAUAUUACAACAAAAGAAUGUGUUGUUUGUCAUAAAGAAAAGGAUGAAUUAAUCAAUGUAUUUGGAUGUGGUCAUAGUUAUCAUUCAACAUGUUUAAAAUCAACAGGAAUAUGA